UGGAUCGCCUUGCCGUUAGCGUUCCUCCGUACGGAACUGAAGAGGGUUUCGGCGCGAGUGCGGUGUGGUUUCGUACGAGGUGACGGCGCGCGACUUCAAUGUUGUUUAGAAAGGCGAAGCGUUAGGCCGUCUUUGUGCGCCGCAUAGCCGGCAAGCGAGCGCUGAGAGAAGAAGACAAAGUAGGCGACCUUGGCAAACUGUAAGGUUCUAGUUAGCGGUAACGUCGGCGUCUCGCGCGAACUGGAUGGUCGUUAUGCAGGUGCGGCAAGGGGCGCGGCGGCUGCUUCGUUUCAACGUGCCUAUUCGAGCAUUCUCGUAAUCGAAUGGUGCGGCCGUGGCAACACGACGACUCAACGGCCGUCAUACGGUCAUCGAGACAGCUGAUCCUCGAAAGCUAUCAGACCAUGCAGAUCCGUGGCAGAGACAUUGCAACACCAUGGGCUCACAAUCCUGAGUGAGCAGUGGAGGAGCCGCACAACCGAGAAGAGGUGACAUAUAAGACAUUCUACAGUUUUCCAACCGAGAUACCGCCAUGGCCGGUGGCCCACGGGUUCGACGCUGGAAUGGCUGUGCGCACGUGCCCCAACAUGGACCGGACAGCGUGCACAGCUGGCUCGUCGCCGGUGCCUGCGCCCUGGCAUGCUUCUUCGCCAUGGCUGGGAGGCGUUCGGCGGGAUUCCUGUUUGUAGCCAUCCUGGACACCUUUCAAGUCAAUAGGAGCGACGGGUCAUGGCCCAUCAUGCUUAUGGGAGGCCUCGUCUACUUGGCGGGACUCAUCACAGGACCGCUGGCACACCGGUUCAACGCACGGCCUGUCAUCAUCGCAGGAGCAGUAAUCUCGGGCAUUGGCGCAAUGCUGAGUUUCUUUCCCGAUAGCAUCGCCACGAUGACAGUGACACUCGGAGCGAUACACGCCAUCGGUGCCGGUAUGGUGUUCGUCGUCUCACCGACCAUAAUAAGUGAGCACUUCGUCAAGCACAAAGGCCUCGCGAUGGGCAUCAACUUCACCGGGGUCACCAUGGGCACCUUCGUCUUUCCCAAGCUGCUCGAGUACUUCACGAAGACGUACGGCUUGCGCGGCGCUUUGCUCAUCUUCGGUGCCAUUGUGAUGAACGGACUCGCGUUCAGCCUGUUCCCGCGAACACCCAAGUCGCGAAGCGCGCCUGCCGAUGCUGGGGCUUCACAGCCGGCUGCCAGAGGCGACAGCAAGCAAGGGACAUUGCGCCACGGGCUCACCGUGUUCAAGCACCCCGUCUUUUAUCUCGUCAUGUAUAGCUUCAUUGUUCACAGCUUCGGGUUCGAGUGUUACAUAUCAUUGUUCGUGGACUUCGCCGUGGACCGAGGCGUCGCCGUUUCCAGCGCUGUUACCAUGGUUUCCAUGGGAGCCAUCGCCGAAGCCCUCGGCAGGCUCACACUGCCGGCAGCCGUCGACCGCGGCUGGCUUACAAACAAGCAGCUGAUCGUGCUCAUAUUUGCUGUCCAGGGUGGCAUGUUCAUUCUGCUUCCUUUCCUCUAUGUUCACGGGCUCAUCUUUGCCGUGGCUGCCAUCAUCGCCUACACCAUUGGCACUGGUCUAGUGCUGUUUCCUGUGAUCCUUGCUAUUUACCUUGGCCUGGAAAGGAUGUCGAUGGCGUACGGAAUGGUCAUCGCCUCGGCCGGCCUGCUGUCUUUUAUAAAACCAUCGGUUAUAGGAUACUUCCGGGACCAUGUUGGAGCCUACGAUGUACUCUUCGUCAUCUGCGGAUCGCUCAUCGCGUUUGCAGCUAUCAUGUGGAUUCUUGUGUUCAUGUGGGAAGCAAGAGAGAGGAAAAAAGAAAUCGCAAGCAAAGGAGGUUCUAUGGCAGAUGCCGAGGCCGCUACAAAAAUGUAGCAAUUACAAGACCAUCCCUAGUUAAAUUAGGGAGCUCCAGCGCCACAUUCCAUCACAGUCGGAUAAGGACAAAUACGAGCUGGCCAACGUAAGUAAGUAUCAGCUAGUUGACGAGGGGAGUGAUUAUUCCAUGUUUCUGUUCACGCUAAGCCUGAGAAUAAAUGCCAUUAGAACCUUUCUCGACGGCACAUAAGGCACAGGUAGCAUCGAGGCGACAUCUGGUAUUCUUAGUUCUUGAAAAUGACAUGUCGUCGUCAUCUUUAUCACAUUACAUAGGACACCAACGAGAUAUAUAUUCAUUCAGUAUCCUUUUAAGUACAAACUCUCAGAACUUCCCCAAUCUUAUCACAGUGUUUAUCGAGAGCUGAACUCAAACGCUAGCUUAUCGCUUAUCUGUUGUAAAUAGGCUCACGUUUCCUUAACGUAACAUUGAUAUAUUCACCUUUAUACUGGUACUAUUGUUUUCUUUUUUAUGUCUUGGGGGAGGGGGGUCCUUGAUAUAGUUAAAUGCCACGCAAACUUUAAGCAUCGGACGGGACGUUAGCAAGCACACUACAGUAGUGUAUCCUGUGAACCAUGUUCAACAACGCUGGUUCAGUAAACUGACUGCAUCGAGAGUUGCGAUAACGAGUUUCACGACUGAUUUAUCACCGCAAAUGUCUAAGCCUUCCCACAGCUUGUAUGCCGUCUAAUAUACCAGAAUGGAGGCUCAGUAUAACAUAAAUAACUGUUGUCUCAGGGCUUGU